AUGAAGGGUUUGUUUCGGCGACCUCAUUCCCCCCCCUCCCCCCUUGCGUUCCCCGCGGUCGCCGAUGGAGUUCGACGCCCUCCGAUCGCCGCUGGACUUCGAAUUCCGGGACAAGCUCCUCUUCCCUCGCUCCCUCACCGCGGGCCUCCCUCCCUCCCCUCCCGACCUCGGACCCCGGACUCCCCGGCCUCCGGCGGCGGCUCCACCACCGACGUCUCCAUCGCCAGCGCCCCCGAGUCGCCGGGCAAUGCCGGCGCGGACGGCGAGCUCUCCGCCGCUCGCGGCGGCGGCGGGGAGUUGAUCCUCGGGCCGCCGCCGCGUGCUGGCGCUCCGGCCGGCGGCUGUCCCGGCGAUUCGCCUGUGGCCGCGGGAGGGGAGCAGAAGGUGGCGGCGGCGGUCGUCGGCGGCCUGGAGGAGCCGGGAGCUGAGGCGGGAUGGAACGUGCUCCGCUCGCCGGGGAGCGCGCCCCCGGAGUCGAGCGCCGCGGUGAAGGUGCAGAAGGUGUACCGGAGCUACCGCACGCGGCGGAGGUUGGCGGACUCCGCCGUCGUGGCCGAGGAACUGUGGUGGCAAGCACUGGAUUUCGCGAGAUUGAAUCGCAGUACCAUUUCGUUUUUCAAUUUCCCUGAAAGUGCCGCUUCGAGGUGGUCUCGUGUCGGCCUGAUUGCUUCCAAGGUGGGAAAGGGUUUGUCCAAAGACGCUAAAGCACAAAUACUGGCUUUUCAGCAUUGGAUUGAAGCUAUUGAUCCCCGGCAUCGCUACGGCCAUAGCCUGCACCUGUACUAUAAAGAAUGGUGCAAAGCGGAUUCAGGACAACCGUUCUUUUACUGGUUGGACAUUGGAGAUGGCAAAGAGCUUGAUCUUAAAGAGUGCCCGAGAUCAAAACUCCGACAGCAGGGCAUUAAGUACCUUGGACCUCAAGAGAGAGAACACUAUGAAUAUGUUGUCAUCAACGGGAAGAUCGUCCAUAAACAAACUGGCGAACUUCUUCAUACAAAGAAAGGUUCAGAAGAUGCUAAAUGGAUAUUUGUGAUGAGUCCUUCAAAAAGGUUAUAUGCUGGCGAGAAAAAGAAAGGAGUAUUUCAUCAUUCCAGCUUUCUGGCUGGAGGAGUCACUAUAGCGGCUGGAAGGAUAGCAGCAGAGCAUGGAGUACUUAAGUCCAUCUCUGCUUAUAGUGGACAUUACCGACCAACUGAAGAUAGACUCGACAACUUCAUAUCCUUUCUGAAGGAAAAUGGAGUCAACCUGGAUGAAGUUGAGAUACGUAAGGCCAGUGAAGAUUCUGAAUCAUACGAAGAUAACAAACCGAGUGCAAGGGGAAGAUUGGUUGAAACUUCAGGAACCCCAGAACUUUCCCAACCUGAAAUUCCAAAAGAAGAGAUGGAGAACGUAUGUAGCGAGUCAACAGAAUCCACCAUCCCUCAAGAAAAAAUCAAUUACAAGAGGACCUUGUCUGGGGGUCUUCAAAGCCCCAGAACUGAGGUUCCCAAGACUAAAAUCUUGGAAAGAAUAAAUUCCAAGAGUGCAGCAAAAUCGUAUCAACUAGGCAAUCAACUCUCACUCAAAUGGUCAACAGGCGCCGGUCCUAGAAUUGGAUGUGUUGCUGACUACCCAGUAGAACUAAGGCAGCAGGCACUGGAGUACGUUAACCUCUCUCCUAGAUGUUCCCCUACUCCUUCGACCUAUCGAGAUGUUCCCAUUCUCUCCCCCUCGAGACUAUGUCCCUCUGCAUGAUUCAGCGAUGGCUGUGGAUCCUCUACCUGAAUCGGAAUAAUCAUUAUCCGUCCUGCGGUAUUGGAAGGUUUUUGUGGAUGGAAAUAUUUCUCUACCUACUGCUCCUAACCUCUCCCAAGUGCGCAGAGCAUUACAAUACACUUGUUUAAAUUGUCUGGUAGUCACUGCUCAUCCACUAUGGGUAUCGUGAACUUUUAAGUGCUCCAACAUUGAUAUCUGAUGGCGAGGUGGCGUAUUUAUAACCUGAGACUUAGUAUCAUGUGAUCAAAGUGACAUGACACGUUUUUCAUUCGGAAAUCAUUGUAACUUUGAUGCGCAUACUACUAUUUUCUUCUAGAGAAUUGUUAGGCCGAAAAUAUCUCUUGGCAAAUAUGGUAUUUCGUCCUAUUUUCUUCUAGAGAAUUGUUAGGAAAAUAUCCCUCGGCACAUAUGGUAUUUCAUCUCCAUCGAAGACCAAUUUACUU